AUGGCCUGCUUUCGUCAAGGCAGGUUGGCGAUAGACAACGUCAUCGACAUUGUCCCUAGUGUACAACAAGCGCGAUCGGAAGGGAAGCUCACAGCAGCGGUCUUCCUCGACGUAAAAAAAGCAUAUGACAGCGUGGUGCACAGCACUGUCAUUGCGGCUCUCCAAGAGGCUGGUAUUGGGGGCCGCCCACACGCAUGGAUUCGGGACUUCCUCGUUGAUCGCACCUUGUUUGUGCGCACCUCCGAAGGGGACACCGCACACUACAGAGUUCUGCGAGGUGUCCCGCAAGGGAGUGUGCUGAGCCCACUGCUGUUCAACGUCAUCAUGGCCGCUUUACCUGCCCAAUUAAGUGAACAUGUCAACAUCACAAUAUACGCAGACGAACUCUGCAUCUGGGCCUCCUCCACCCGUCGGGAUGUAAUCCAGCGUCGCUUGCAAAGUGCUCUGGAUACUAUCGUAUCCUACCUCUCCGACCGUGGUCAUUCUAUCUCACCCAGCAAGACUGUUGCCAUGGUAUUCACCCGCCGAUCCUUCCGCAAAUUCCCCCUCCGCGUUGACGGCCAACAGCUCGCCUUCGUACGUCAUCACAAAUACCUGGGCAUAACCAUUGACCGGGAGCUGAAUUGGCCCAAGCACAUCAAGGCCCUGUCUACCGCGGCGACUACCAUCGUGAACGUCCUCCGCCGCAUCUCUGGUUCGUCCUGGGGCCCAUCAUACCCUGACCUUCGCCAGGUGCAUACCUCACUCGUCCUUGGGCUCCUGCGUUACAGCUUACCGGUAUUGCACGGUCUAAGUUCAACAACAGAGCGCGAACUUUUGAACAUCCAGGCUCGAAGCCUUCGAGUGUGCCUUGGUAUCCCCAAAACGACCGACACCUUCCUGGUCUUGGCUGAGGCGAAGGAGACGCCAGCCCACGUCCCACGCGACAUGGAGACCCUGCGCUCUUGUGCGCGGUACCGCACACGACAUGCUGCCCACUACCUACGGGACAUUAACCUACUGUAUGAAAACUCAGCUUUCGGGGCUGCUGUUUGCAGACCUGCACAGUCUCUCCCGCCCCUGCCGUCGCGCCUGCUAUACGCCCCACCUUUGUGGAACCACGUGCUGCCUCCGACGGACCUGCAUAUUCCCGACAUGUCCCGCAAAAACGACACUCCUGUCCUCGCUGCGCGCCAGUUUGCUCUUGACCAUUUGAACUCGGUCCCCGGUCACCGUAAAGCAAUUUUCACGGAUGGCUCGGUUGUGUACGGCGCGUCGUCUGCAGCUUUCUACAUGCCUCACAGCGACACUGCGCAGGCUUUCAAGCUGCCGCAUGAAACUUCAUCCACUGAAGCGGAACUGAUAGCCAUCUAUGAAGCGCUCAAUGCCAUAUCCGGUUCACAGGCCGACUCGUGGUCCAUCUUCACGGACAGCAAGCAGAAACGGAAUUACGACCGGAGUGCGCAGGACAGACUUUCUGAGGUUGGCCAACCAGUUUGGGCUGCUGAUCCGAUGGACAGGCGACACUGGGUUAAGGGACCCAUAACCGGUAAAAUGGGCACGGUCAUCUACGAGGUCCAAUUCGCUGGUGGCAGGCGACGCAGAGUUCAUGCCGACCACUUGAAGACUCGCCUGACAGCCGAUAGCUCCGAACCGUCACAGACCCUUCCCUGGCCGGAGACAGAAACGUCAUUGGCUCCAGCCCCACCUACACAAGUGCACGGCGACCCUCCCAGACCACCACCGGCACGCUAUACCAAAACAGACCGGAGACAUCCGUCCCGCUACGUUCCGUCUUGA